AUAAUUUUAUACCUGAUUCCUACCUCAGAACCUGAUACGGUGAGGUGAGCAGUUGAGACUUGAGCGAGGCGGAGAGCAGAGGAUCAGAGAGAGGCUGAGGCGGUCCAGCUGGACCAGCCGUCCAGGCGGAGGAGCUUCAAGCUUGCUGCCUUGCUUGAGCCUUGAGCUUUUUUCUGUUGAGCAGAUGAGAACAGACUGAACAGUGGAGACUGGGGACUAGAGAGAGGCGGAGAGCAGAGACUAGAGAGAAAGGAAUGGAGCAGGCACAUGAAGAGCAAAUGCAAGAACAGAGCAGUGAGAAACAACUUAUGCUUUCUUAUCCUCCUACUGACCCACAAUCAUAUCCUUGGUUAGUAAUAUGUGAUGGGUAUGAUAAAGAAAGACAAACUUUUUUCAGCAUAUCAAAAGAUUAUUUUCACACCAGAAACAUUCCUGAGAUGCGCAAUAAAGUAAUAUACACUAGUUGUGAUGGAUGGUUGGUAUUAAAGGAUAUCGAUUCAAAGAAUUUGUGUCUUUUGAAUCCUACUUCUAAAGAGAUGAUGCAACUUCCGACAUUGGAAGACAUUGCUGAUCAUUUUAUUUGUAUUCUGACGGCAACACCAAGUGACCCCUUCAAUCAGUGCUACGUACUAUUCAUUGAUCCCCCAACGUUCACAUUUUCUUUUUGCCAACUUGGUGAUAAAAUUUUUUACAAACAAACCCUUCAAGCAAAUGGGUCAGUGUACGUUCAAUCUGCAACAUUUCAUGGAGGAAAAAUUUAUCUUUUGAUAUACUUUGGGAUAUCAGGUUCUUUAUCUUAUACCGCUGAGUUUGUGGGUGGAGAAAUUCGUUUUACCAAGUUGGCAAUAGAGAGAUUUGACGAGUCAUUACCUGCCGAUAUAGUAUGUUACCGUGAUUAUCUCAUUGAAUCUUGCGGUGAGCUCUUAUUAGUUAACCAGAUGUUGUUUGGAUCGUACAGGAGAAAGGUUUAUGGUUUCAUAAUUUUUCGGAUGGAUUCUUCAAAGAAUGCAUGGGUCCAAGUGAAGAACAUAGGAGAGCGUGCUAUUUUUAUUUCCGAGAGGAGCAAAAUAUCUUGUUUUGUAGCUGAAAAUGGAGUCAAGCGAAAUUCGAUUUACUUCACAAUGCCCUCUAGUCGAUUUCUUUAUGUCUUUGACUUGGAAGAUGAUACCAUUACAAAGUUCCUACCUUGCCCUACUGUAGCUUGUCGUGAAUUAGAUCAUGAUUGGGUUAUUCUGAAAUAGAAUUACUGUUAUAUUUUA